GCCGCAGCUGUCUGGAAUUUCAAACCGGCGCGGGCCGCCCUCCAACGGCUACGCGCCUCCGACCGUUUUCACGCUCCUCCGCCCGGGGGGCCCACGCCCACGCCGACGCGCUGCCGAGAUCCGUCUACAAAAAGUACUCCACCGCCCGGUGGCAAAGGUAGAACGCCACGUCACCCCCCUCUCUGUUCUCCGAUCAUCCCGAUCCGCAACGCCCGGCCGCCCCGCGAAUCCCGCCAGCCCAGAUUUGCUCCGAUUCCUCCGGUUGCAUCUGUUGUCAGAAAUUUUAUCACUAUCGGGAGAGGGCAUAUCCCCUCAUUGCAGUUGCUGACGUAGCCCAAAUAAAGCUAUUUGCUGCCUUUGCUUCCAUGGCAACGAACGAAAACCUUCCGCCGAACGUCAUUAGGCAACUGGCUAAAGAAUUGAAGAAUCUUGACGAGUCACCUCCAGAAGGGAUUAGAGUGAUUGUGAAUGACGAUGACUUCACUAGUAUUUCUGCAGAUAUAGAUGGCCCUGGUGGGACUCCAUACGAGAAUGGGAUUUUCCGGAUGAAGCUAGUAUUGUCCCAUGACUUUCCUCAAUCUCCACCGAAAGGAUUUUUCGUGACCAAAAUUUUCCAUCCAAACAUAUCAAGCAGUGGUGAAAUAUGUGUUAACACACUGAAAAAGGAUUGGAAUCCUAGUCACGGGUUAAGGCAUGUGCUACUUGUUGUGAGAUGCCUACUGAUUGAACCAUUCCCGGAAUCUGCCCUCAAUGAGCAGGCUGGGAAGAUGUUACUUGAGAACUACGAGGACUAUGCUCGGCAUGCAAGGUUAUACACGGGGAUUCAUGCCCUCAAACCCAAGAAUAAGCCCAAGAGUGGCGCUAUUACAGAGUCAACCACAGCUCUAAACGUGGAUCAGUCAAACACAAUUGUUGGUGAAAAUCCACCCACGGCUCAAUGCGCCACUACCACCAACAAAGUGCCCGGCUCGAACUCGCAGGAUCAGAAUGCUCCUUCUGAUCCUGCUCUUGGAUCAUCUGCAGCAGUGCCAAAGAAGGAAGGGCCUGCUGCGACAAAAGCCCCUGUCGAUAAGAAGAAGAUAGAUGCGAGGAAGAAGAGCUUGAAAAGAUUGUAAGAAGUAGCAGAUGAAUGAAUGUUGGGCUCCAGGUGACGCGAGAGGCAUGUGUAUUCUAUUGAUUUUUGAAUCCAUUACCUGGGAAAAUUCCGUCGAGAAGAAUGUGGAUAGAUAUCUUGCAUCAAAACUGUGUAAUGACAAUUGCCCCGAAGGAAACAUUUUCUGUUGAAUUUA